AAAAAUAAUAUUUUUAAAUUUUUAGUGCGAUUCAUAAAAUUACCCGAUCCGGUGUCGAUCCAGAGAGACUGAGUCCAUGGAGGGGGUGGGAGCGCGAUUCGGGCGAUCCUCGACUCGUUACGGGCCUGCGACGGUGUUCAAUGGGCCAGUAAGGAAGUGGAAGAAGAGAUGGGUCCACGUCUCGCCUUCCGCCACAACCAACAACAACAACAGUCACCCUCAGAAUCACCACCACCACCUCCGCAACAGCACCUCCAACGGUACAACAGCUUCAACUACAAACCGUAAUAACAGCUCGCAUCUCUUGCUUUACAAGUGGACCCCCUUGAUACAAAAAGAAAACAACGGUAAUAACGACAUGAUUUCUGACAAGGAUGAGGCCGAGGUUGCUGCGGCGCCAGAGGAUCCACCUCGCCGUAAAUUCAAGUACAUUCCGAUUGUCUUGCUGGAGGAAGAAAGGAAGGAAGCAGAGGAAAAUGAGGCAGCUGAAAAAGUUGAUACUGAAACCAAACCAAGUGAUGGCGGCCUAAUUGAUGUGGAGUCAACUCCCAAGAAUAAUGGUUUUGAUGAAAAACCUGACAUAAAUGACAUUCCCAUGGAAGAGAACCAGUCUCCAGGCAAUAAUCAAAUCGUACGGCAAGAUCUGAAUGAAAGUACUUUGGAUUUGAGUUUGGGCCUAUCUGCCCAUGACAAUGACUCUGACUCAAAAUCUGAUCAGAAUAAAAAUGAGCAACGGGAAAGAGUUUAACACCUAGCAGUGUUGGGACUUGAGUGCACAAUUUUUUGGCUUAUAUCUGACACUUGAGAAGAGAAGAAGAGCGGCUAUUUAAUUGUCCUUGGAUAAAAACUAUCAAGCCCCUACCCAUAAGGGGGUAAGUCAAUUUGAGCAGCUUCUGCAUGUAGUUCCAGUCUUCAUUUGGCAAUUCCUUCCUGAGCCAAAUGUGACAUCUCUCAAUAGCAAUUUCUCCUUUUUGGUUACUGGACAAUCGCAUUCUUUUUCCCCUUUUGACUUGAAUUUGUUGAGGUACCUCUUGAGAAUUUACUUUGAUGGUUCACAAAUUGAAAUGUUCUCUGAUUUAUCUUUUUGACUCUUGUUAUGGUUACAUAUGCUUUAUCUUUCUGACCCU